GUGAUACGCAGGUUACGCUACGCAAUUUACGCACCAUGUGAAAGCACCCUAAUAAUCAACGUAGGCACCUGCACCGUACGCAGGGGCACAUCGCGGUACACCCGUGCGCGUCUCCGCGCGCGGCAUUAGUGGUGGUGUGUACUCGGUGCACGCGCGCGCGGGCGGACGGACGGACGGAGUUUCCACAUGUUUUUUUUACUCACGCAAACGUCAGGGUUUAGCUGACGAACGAGGGGGAGAUAUUUGGCGUGGCGGACACGGGGGCGCGCGACAACGGCAACGUCCACGGCGGUUGGCGCGGCGGCGAGAUGAGCAAAAAGCGGAACAGGCAGCCUGACGCGAACCCCGACGUCAGCGAGGCCUCCACCGAGUCCUGCGACGAGGCGAGCGCAGCAGGUGCAAGAUGUCCGCACAUAGCGAAGGCCAUCAACCUGAACAAAGUGAAGAAGAACCUGAAAAAGACUGGCAUAUUGAACGAGUGUUCCAUGUGCAAGAAACUGGAGGCGGACCACAAGACGACGGAAGAGUGUGAUAUUCCCAAGCCUCUGUGGAUCUGCCUGCAGUGUGGAGAACAAGGCUGCGGCAAGGAGCAGAAGCAGCACGCCGUCGAGCACUACAGGAAGCCUCACAGCGACUGCCACUGCAUGGCGACGGACUCUUACCAUUGGAACGUCUGGUGCUACCAGUGCGAAAUUGAGGUUCAUCCGAACAGUAGGAAAAAGUUGUUAGAAACCGUAGAGUUUAUCAAAAAGUGUGGCAACAUACCACAAGUAUCUCAGCAAUCGAAUAUGCCAGCGAAUCAGUGCCAAAAAGAGGUGAUAGUCGACGUACAGGAGAAGGACAAGCAUAAAAUGUUGAACAAUCUUCCUAAAGUCGGGGGUUUAGCAAAUCUAGGAAACACCUGUUUCUUCAAUGCUGUACUUCAGUGUCUAGCGCAGACGCCUUACUUGGUGAAGGUGCUGGACGACCUACGUUUGCCCGGACAGAAAUUUGUCUUGCCAGGUGGAAAGCUCAAACCUGUCGAUACUGAGGAAGAAGUGGAGCUGCCACCAAUCGAGGGAACCCUGGAACGAUGGGGCAGUUUCACGUCAAUUCUCUGCGAAACCCUGUCGAAAAUGCAAAGCACCAACGGUCAUCAAACUUACACCCCUUUGAAUCUCCUCUGUAAACUCAGGAAAAAGACUACGCAAUGCGUGGACGGAGGGCAGCAUGAUUCGCACGAGUUUCUCCGACACUUGUUGGAAAUAGUGCGAAAUGAGGAUCUCCGAAGAUACCAGAGCAUAAUUUUGAAGGAGGUCGGCCUGAGCGAGAAAACCAAGCCAGAUUGCGUGGAGAAGAGCCUGAAAUCUCGCGUGAAAUUCUACGGCAAUCAGGCCAGCACACGGCUGCUCGGGCCAGAGGCGGUAUUCCGCGGUGUGUUGGUAUCUACCCUGGAGUGCCUGGAUUGCCAUCACUCGUCGCAACGCUCCGAGCCAUUUCUAGAUUUGAGCCUACCCGUCACGGCGGACAAGCCCCAGCCUCCGCUCUUGAAAAGAAAGAACAGCGAAUUCGAGGACACUUUCGACAUGAUGAACAUUCAGCAACGCGAUUGUCAAACCUCCGACACAUCGUGGAAGCAGUUGAAGAAAGAGAAAAGGGGGGCCAGGAAGAACCGAGUUAUGUCUAGGAAUAAGAGGCACGAAAAUCAUAACAAUUCUAAUGUGUUAAUGGAUCUGGAAUGGAAUAAUCCCGCGGAAGAAAACGACGACAAUGUUCAGAAGUCAGAGGAGAGCGACGCCGACGUGGAAGACAACAUCGAGGUGGAUAAUUCUCAUCCGGAGGUCGGAGAGUCCGGUUACAGCUCGGAGAAAGCGUCUGCCGUUACCAGUCCUGUAUCUCCCACCGAUCACCAUCCUAAUCCGAACGACUUCAAUAGCGUGGCCAGCUCGGAGGGUUGUAGUCUGGACAACAACCUGGACCCAGCACAAGUUAGACACCCAGUGAACAUUAACGCGUUAACUAGCCCUAGUCCAACCGACGUGUCGAUGACGGACUUGACUCAAAUCAGGAUACCGUCCGAGAAGACUGAUAGGAACGUCGGUGUGGUCAACUCCGAGAACGAAGCGUCGACCACGGCGUUAACUAGCUCCAUGAUCGUCAACUCCGACGUCACGAGUCCCGAGAUGCCCACCGCGAGCCUAAGCAGCUCCGCAGCUUCCAAGGAGAGCCCCACUAGCCCCGUCAAUGACGAAGAAGUCGCAGAAAGAUUGGAUGGUGUUGAGACGUGGAUGGCAACUACUGUAUCGAAGUGCGACAGAAGGAAAUAUAAUAACGGAACUUCCAACGGAGAUGAUCCCGAGGAACAAGAUACGUAUAAUGAGCUUGGUGAUAUAAUGACGGGCAUGUCCAGGCUGGGAAUUGCCGGACAUCAAUCGCCCGGCAGAUAUACGACCAAGGAGGGCGAGUGUUCUGUGGAAUCGUGCUUGAAUCAAUUCACCGCGCUAGAGCUGAUGACGGGAAGCAACAAAGUCGUGUGCGAGGCGUGCACGGCUCGCGAGAAGAAGAAUCAAGAGGGCUCGUCGAAAAUGGUGUGCACUUCGAGUACCAAGCAAUACCUUAUUUCUCAAGUACCCCCGAUAUUGAUACUGCAUCUGAAGAGGUUUCAAACGCAGCGAGUCGGCUUCCGAAAGGUUUUCAAGCACGUGUCGUUUCCGAUAUUGCUAGACUUGGCACCGGUUUGCACAGAUCACAAAAAACCUCGACUUUAUGCGCUUUAUGGGGUCGUUGAGCACAGUGGAACUGUCCAUGGUGGUCACUACGGUGCUUAUGUCAAGACAAGACUGCCGUUAUCGCCAGAUGAUCCUCGAUGGAAAUUUCUUCCCAAGGAUAAGGAUCCCAAGGCGGAUAACGAAUCGAGUAGUUCAGAUUCUGAGGGAGAAGAAGCAUCAGCGAAAGCUGCGUCUGUUGUGGAAUCACCGCCUGGAAGAUGGUAUUACGUAUCAGAUUCUCGGGUAUCAGAGGUAGAUGAAAAGACAGUGCUGCAAAGUCAAGCGUAUCUCUUAUUCUACGAAAGAAUUCUCUGAUUCGAUAAAAUGAAACAGAAUGAAAUUCGACAUAGUUGCAUUCGCAUUUCCAAUUCUCGAGAGAACGGAGACAGACUAAUGAAUUUGUUACUUCUACAACUUUUAGUACCAUAUCGCGCGUUAUCGGAUGUAUGAAAUGUGUAACUGAUUAUGUGUACAAGAAAUCUAUAUUAGAAAUAUCGAAAAUACUAACAUAAGUUGUUUCUUACGGUCAGUUAGCGGGUCGUAAGAUGAAUCAAAAAUUAUUAAAAAGAAACUUUACGAACUUUCAAUUAUGUAAUGAAAAUCUGAAUUUUCAGACCGUUUUGGGUCAUCAGACUUUAGGAGUAUUUGUAAUUUCUAGUGUGAGUGAUAAAAUCGGAAUUAUUUUACGAUUCGGUGAUACUUUUUUUAUGAAUUGCAUAAUUUUACCAGCAUAAAAUAAAGUGAAAGUAAAGUUAUAAUUAGCAUAACAAUGCUAAUAAUAACAUUAGCUAACAUAGCACAAUAAUAUGCUAACAAUAUUAUUAGCACAAUAUUUAACAAGAUGAUAUAAAUUUUAUUCUUUAUUUGCAUUCAUAGAAACACUCCAUGGGGAUAUGAGACCAAAUAAAUGAAAAAAAAGUCGUGUUUCUUGUAUAAUAAACGAUACUUUCACCAUAAAAUAGUUCCGGUUUACGUUAGUCCUUCGUAAUUUCGAGUUACAGUGUAAUAAAAUGCUCGUAACUUAGAAUAUUGAAAAGGUAUAUACAAAUGUACCUAUAUUACAUUUUACGUAUAAGUUUAUAGAGAUGAUUUUGCGGAGAUUAAAUGUGAUGACGCGCGACUAUGUAAUUUGUAAAUUAGAAUGAAUUGAUAUUGAUGGAACGACAGAUUAAGAAAUUUUCUCGAUGGCAUUUCUCGGUUACGGCGAACGCUGAAGCAUCAUGUCCAAUGUAUAAUGAUUUGUCAGGAUUUUACUUAAUCUUUUAGAGCACAAAGCAUCUCGAAGUUAAACGAACUUCUAUUUCCUUGCAGAUACGCUUGUCCGUGAUAACAAUUACAAAUGUAAUCACAAUAUAUAGAUAUCGUUGAACUAUGCAUGUGCAAAUCUAUAGGCCAGCGAUAACUCUCGCACAUAUGAGUGUAUAGAGUUUUAUUGAAUGUGUAUAUGAAUUCAUCAAACUUAGGCCCGGUUGUUCUAAUCUCUUGGUAAGUUAAUUUACUUAAAUCGUACAUAGGCUUUGUUCUUCCUUCAAAUUAGGCAAAGAUAGACAUAAAAUUUAACUAGUAGUUAUCUUACCAACAAGUUGGAAAAACCAGCUCUUAAAAGAGAAAAAGUUAUAUUGAUAGCGUUACACGUGCAUUUACAUAACUUUUAAUGAAAUGAAUGAAAAAUCAUUACUCACGAACUGCGACAUUAGCGUUCCCCGUAUUCGAAAUGCGCAAAGAAAAGAGACUAGACUAUCAAAUGUGCGCACGUAGCAAUACGUUUUUUUUGGUAAUACGAACAAGAUGUUUUUGUCGUGUUCUUAUCAUGGUGUACUUGCAAUUGCAUUUAUAAUGUAUGAAAAAUUACCUGCGACGACAGGCGAUUAGUUAAUCGUGCAAUUUGUUUCUUUAAUUUUCUCGUUCUACUCGACUUUAGGCUCAAUUGAUUUUAUCGAAAUUGUUUCGAUUAUUUGGAACGUAGGAUCAUCUUACGAUCUCACAGUUCGUCGAUCGAAGCACUCGUCCGGAAAUGGAAAUAAAUAAAUAGAAGGAUAUCCGCAACGUCGUAUAUGUACAGGACAGAUUGCUGCUGCAAGACUUGGAGCCUUAAUAUAUUAAGUCAUCCAAUUUUUAGAAAUUAUAACAUCCUUUCAGUGUAUACAAAACUCCGGCAAUAUAAAUAAAAGAAAAAGACCUUUAUUUGCAA